UUUAAUGCAUUCUGCUCAAUUGUGAGAGCGUUUUAGAAAAUUCUCUAAAAUUUUUUACUCAAAAAAUUCUGGUUGUUUUGUUUUUGGAAAUUUACUUUGAUUCAGAAUUCUUGUCAUUUUGUGCUUUGUUUAGUGUUGUGUAAUUUCAUCAUCAAGGUGGUGGAAAUUUUUCACAGAAAAAAUGAUACAAAAUGAAUCAUCCGAAACAUGGAUCGAAACUAAAACCGAAAAUGGUAAAUGUUAUUAUUAUAAUGCUAAAACAAGAGAAACAACAUGGACCAAACCUGAUAAUGCAACAAUUUUGACGCAAGAACAAUUUUUACAAAAUUUAUUGGCAAAUUCACAACAACAACAACAACAGCAAUUAAAUCAAAAUGAUAAAGAUAAACAACAAUCUACACCGAAACCGAUGAUGCCGAAUCCAUUAUGGCCACCACCGAUUGGUUUAGCAGCACCAGGAUUGAUGGCUUCGAAUCGUUUUCCACCACCAUUCGGUAUUCCUCCUAUGCAUCCGGCUGGUUUUCCAUUUGUAGGUGCACCACCAUUGACGAAUCCAUGGUUAAAUCCAUCAUUACUUCAACAUACAGGUGUCGAUCCAUUAAAACAACAACUCGUACUGAAAAUUGAUACCGAAUUGCGUUCACAGGCAGCCGAAUGGAUUGAAUAUAAAACUCCUGAUGGUAGAGCUUAUUAUUAUCAUAGUAAAACACAAAAAUCUGUAUGGGAAAAGCCAGAAAUUUUGAACAAAUUCGAAGAGGCAUUGGAGGAAUUGAAAAAGAAUGAAGCAGCCAAACAAAAUGAAAAUAAAUCUGAGGUAAGAACAACAACUUUAGCAAAAACAGCAAACGAUAGUGGCGAUACAAAUAUCGCCGAUCACCAGCAACAACAACCACCACCACAACCAAAAAAAGAAGAAAUCAAAGAUAAAUCAAAACCCGUAUCAAGUACACCGAUUACUGGUACUCCAUGGUGUGUGGUAUGGACUGGAGAUAAUCGUGUUUUCUUCUAUAAUCCUAGCUCGAAAACAUCAUUAUGGGAUUGUCCACCGGAAUUAAAAAAUCGACCCGAAAUAGCUGAAUUGACUAAAAAUCCACCAACAAAAGAUAAAGAUAAGGAAUUGUCAUUAUCAUCAUCAUCAUCACAGAAUACAAUUGUAACAGGUAACAAACGAUCAUUGGAUGAACAAUCGAAUGGUCACCAUUCUCAACCAAAAGAAGAAGAAAGCAAUAAAAAAUCAAGAUUGGCGGAUAAACCGGAUAAAAGUGGCGGUGGUGGCGGUGAUAAAGAGAAAAAAGAUGGCGGUGAUAAUAACGGUAAAAAUGAAGCUGAAUCAAUGGCCGAAAAACAACGUGAAACCUUACCAAUUGCUGAACGUAUUGAAAUGUUUAAAGCAAUGUUAUUGGAAAAAGAGGUUUCAGCAUUUUCAACAUGGGAAAAAGAAUUACAUAAAAUUGUCUUCGAUCAACGGUAUUUAUUGCUUACUUCGAAAGAAAGAAAACAAGUUUUUGAACAAUUUAUUAAAGAACGUGCGGAAGAAGAACGAAAAGAAAAACGACAACGACAAAAAUUAUAUCGAGAACAAUAUCGACAGCUAUUAGAACAGGCAAAUCUUUCUACUCGUGCUACUUAUUUGGAAUUUUCACAUAAAUAUGGUAAAGAUAGUCGAUUCAAGAAUAUUGAAAAAUCACGUGAUCGAGAAUCAUUGUUUAGCGAAUUUUUGGUCGAAUUAAAACGUAAAGAACGUGAUGAAAAAGAAAAACAACGUGAAAAGGCAAAGGCAAAUUUUCUGGAAUUACUUAAAGAACAACAAAAUCAUAUCAAUGGAACAACAACAUGGUCGGAAGUAAAGGAAAAAAUUCGUAAUGAUUCAAGAUAUAAAGCUAUUGAAAGUAGUUCAAUGAAAGAGAUUAUAUUUAAAGAAUUUAUUACAAGAUUGGAUAAAAAUCUAACAAAUGUUAAUGAAGAAAUAAGUGAAAGUUUAAAAGAAAAAGAAAAACAAGAAAGAAUUGAAGCAAGUUUACGUGAAAGAGAAAAAGAAGUACAUCGUGAAUUGGCAGCACAUUUUCGUGAACGUGAUAAAGAACGUGAAAAUCAUUUACAUCAGGAAAAUGUUGAAAGUUUUAAUGCAUUACUUAUUGAUCUCAUCCGUAGUCCAAGUGUUAAUUGGCGUGAAGCAAAAAGAAUAUUGAAAAAAGAUCAUCGUUGGGAAUUGGUUGAAAUGCUUUCACGUGAUGAAAUGGAACAAUUAUUUGAUAAACAUUUAGCAAAUUUGAUUAAGAAAAAACGUGAAAAAUUUCAUCAAAUGUUAGAUGAAUUGAAAGAUUUAAAUCUUUCAACAACAUGGAAAGAAAUUCGACGACAAAUUAAAGAUGAUUCAAGAUAUCUAAAAUUCUCGACAAGUGAUCGUAAAUGUGAACGUGAAUAUUAUGAAUAUAUUAAAGAACGUUUAAUGGUAGCGAAAAAUAAUUUCAAACAAUUAUUACAAGAAACAAAAUUAUUAACAUAUAAAACAAAACAAUUGAUUGAAGAAUCCGAGCAACAUUUACAAGAUAUAAUCAAUGUUUUACAAAAUGAUAAACGUUAUUUAAUAUUGGAUGAUUUUGCUGAUGAUCGUAGACAAAUAUUGAUUAAUUAUAUAAGUGAAUUACAUCAUCAGGGACCACCUAAACCGAUUACAGCAACAGAUCCAUCAACAUCAUCAUCAUCAUCAACAACAACAUCGACCACAACAAGAAGAAAAUGAAAUUUGGGAAAUUUGGACAUCAUUAAUUUUGCUUUUGCAUGAUUAUUAAUUUUUUUGUAUUAUAAAUAUUAUCCAAAAAAAAAAAUUAUAUUUAUUACUGAUUAUUAUAAA